GGCGCGCGUCCCCGUGGAAACUCUCCCUCCGCGCUCCACCUCACCAGCCCAGUCCUGCAGGGCGGCUCCCACGUUUACACCGCUCUCCAUCGCUCUGGACCUGGUUUGUCAGCGCCUGUAGCCCGCAGAGGUGUCCCUGGGAGUCUAAAUUACACUUUUUUUUCGUAGCAGGUGUGUUGUGAUUUGCGCGAGAGGAAGAGGAAGACGAAAGAGCACGCGCCUCAUCUUGGUCUCAUCUAAGCAGUUAUACUGUCGAGGAUGAAAAAAAUACGGAUAAGCACCUUUUAUCCUAUUGGAGCGAUAUUACUCUUCAUUUUGUUUUGUGUCCAGAUGAGUAAUAAUAACUACAGUUUUGAGGCAAUUUUAAAUAACUACAGUGAAGACUUGACUCAAGAGGAGACUGUGUAUAAGAGAAUCACUAAGAACUACUCAGAAUGUGAACAAAACAUGGAUGCAGCCAACAUCCAAGGCUUUAGCGAUCUACCGACUCACAUUCAAACCUUCCUUUACUAUCGCCACUGUCGGAACUUCCCCAUGCUCCUGGAUGUUCCCGACAAAUGCGGAGGACCGGAAAAAUCCUCUGAUGUGUUUCUCUUGUUAGUGAUAAAAAGUUCCCCUGAGAAUUACGACCGCAGAGAGGUGUUGCGGAAAACAUGGGCCAAAGAGCGACAGUAUAAAGACAAGUGGAUACGAAGGAUUUUUAUAUCUGGGACUUCAGGCAGCGGUAAAGACAAAAUGAGACUAAACAAACUUCUACGAGCUGAGCAAAACGAGAACAGUGAUAUUCUGCAGUGGAAUUUCGAUGAAUCCUUCUUCAACCUCACGUUAAAACAGAUUUUGUUUCUAGAGUGGAUGGAUCAAAACUGUCCUCAUGUCCGCUUCCUGCUUAACGGCGAUGAUGAUGUCUUCGCCAACACAGAUGGCAUGGUCGAUUAUCUCCUAGACCUCCCCGGAAAUAACGGGAGCAGCCAUCUUUACACCGGGUUUGUUUUUGAAAAUACUGGACCAGUUCGAUAUAAAAAAAGCAAAUACUAUGUCCCAGAACAGAUUCAAAAGUCUGAUAAAUACGAUCCUUACUGCGGAGGAGGUGGCUACUUGCUUUCAGGUUACACAGCUAUGAUCAUUUACAACAUGUCUAAGUAUAUUGAAGUUCACCCUAUCGAUGAUGUUUAUAUUGGUGCGUGUGCAGUAAGAGCGGGGUUGCUGCCUACGUUUCAUAUGGGAGUGAAAACACUAGGAUUGUUGACAUCAAAUGGGCAGAAAAUAGAUGAACAAGAACCCUGCCAUCUGAAAGGCCUGCUCCUCGUCCACAAAUAUUCACCUGCUCAAAUUUACCUCAUGUGGCACAAAAUGAACGACCCACGACUCAGAUGCGGGGUGCAGUUUUGGGAUGAUAUUUAAAAAGCAUCUACGAGUUUCAAAGCGAUGGAACUUAACUACUUAAAAUUAACUGUAUGUGGGGAAAAAGUUCUAUGAAUAAACUGAAACCCACUAAUAGGAUCUAUUUAAAGUUCUUUGGACUAUGAAACAAGAUAAAUAUUUUACUCUUAAAGGUUCCAUGUUAUGCAGAAUUGACUCUUGUGAGUUUUGAGCCAUGUUAGAAUGUUGUUACCUCAUCAAAAACAUAGCUGGAGUUGUGUUUUGUUUCAUUCACACAUUUGAGUAAUUCUUUAUUAUUAGUCAUUAGUCAUCUCCAAAACUCAAAGAAAGGUACAUUUAUUCAUAUAGUACAAUUCGUACACAAAUUAAGUGCUUAACAGAACAAGAAAAACAUUAAAAGAACAAUCCAAACUAAUCAGAAUACAAAUAACUCAUAAAAUUAACAUUGAAAGAGAACAGUGCAGAAUAAAACCUUUCAGUCACAUGCACAGCUAAACAGAACUGUAUUGAACCUGGAUUUAAACAUUGUCAAAGUAGAGGCCUGUCUCACAUCUUCAGGAAGACUGUUCCAUAAAACUGAAACUCUGGGGAUCAGCAGGAGGCCGGUCCCUGAAGUCCUCAGAGUGUGAGAUGGUUCAUAUGGCACUAACAUGUGGGAGAUGUACGUGCUGGUCCAUGGAGAGACUUGUGCACAAGCAGAACUGCUUUAAAGUCUAUUCUCUGAUGUCAUGAAGUGGUAGUUUUCAAGUUAACACCUACCUUUACUCUUUGUUCAGUAGAGAUUGGCCAUUGCAGGACUGAAAUUAUCCAAAUGACUCUAGUGAAGGUGUAUACAGUUAAAAAACAUGGUGGAGCACUUCCUGUAUUACCACCUGACAUCACCAGGUGGAACAGAGUGUCUUCUGUUUGAGUCUGCAGGAUUUGUGUAUUAAAUGUGUGAAACGAAACAGCUCCAGGCAUGUUUGUUACAACAUUAUAUCAGGAAGCUGAAACCUAUGAAUGGGAUCUAUUUUAAAAAUUAUUUGGACAAGAAAGCAGCAUUGUUCACUCUGGGUGUGGUGUGUUGUCCAGCAGCUAGAAAACACUUUCACUGCAGUGGAGUCCAGUAUGAUCACUUUACCUUUGAUUACAAUCAGAAUAGACUUUAUAGAGGUUACUUAAAAAUAACAAGAAAUCCUUUGAAUAUUAUUAAGUCUAUAUAGACCUUAGCUGGUUGUUACUUCCUUGUAUAUUAAGCUAGUUGUUGUGGGAAAACACUCUUUGUAAACACUGGUGAAUGUUUAAACAAAGAAAUUGGUCCAAAGGAGUCCCAAGCAGCAUCUCUAAAUAUCAGACCCAAAAUCAUAGAAAACACUAGGUAUUUUUAGAUAUCCUGACAUGACUGAAGCACCUUUCCUAGUGACGUAUAUAUAACACAAUACAGAGUAUGAUUCUGUGUGAUACUGAUACUUCACUUCACAGGUCUGAAAGCAAACUGUGUGGUCUGAUUUCAUUUAUAUGUAAAUACAUGUUCCACGUUUUAACAGAAGGGAAUUACAUGUUUUAACUUCAAAAUCAAAUUAGUUUUAGUUACAAGCUUAACAUAACUACUUAACAUGUAAAUAUAGAGCCUUUUAACAGUGGACACCAUAGACCGUAUAUAUAAAUGGACAUAACUAACCUGCUAGCCCCCGUGUUUCAAAUAGGAAGUGAUCAUAGGUUGCGACUCUGGCUCUAAUUCACAACAUUGCUAAAUGCCUGCUACCGGCUAAAUCAGCAGUGCGGGUGGGAAGGGGCAUUACAUCCCACAGCUUCGCUCCAGAUUAGCUCCUUGGUUGCUAUGAUACUUGCAGUCGAACUUCCAAAUAUGGAGUCUGACUCCAAAUUUGCCGUUAUAACUGCUAGCCUCGAUGAGCUUCGUUUGGAGUUGAACUCUCUGGGCGACCUCACACUCACUUAUUCCACUUCUUUAUACAGUUUAUUGUGGAAAAGCACCCCCCACACUCUACCAAACAAGUUUAAAUGUAGUUAACCCUCUGUAGUGAUUUAUAAAACAUAAAAUACAUUUUUUUUAUUUUUUUUAUUGUAGUCUCAUUUUGAACGCUAUGUAGUUGCCAUUUGAAAAUCUUUCGGGGAGUUGUGGGUGUGCAUUGCUCAUUCUAGGGAAGGCUAGGGCCCCGUGAAGCACCUCUUGGUGCCUCCCCUGGAUACGAGACCCAGUGAGUUUCUACAUGUAACUUUUUUCCUCUGAAGCAUAGUUUGGUGUACGCAUAGCUGCCCUUUGCUUGUACUGUGAACCCAUUAAGGACUAAGUAGUUAAACAAAAACUGUAAACAAACUAUGCUGUUAUGGUUGUAAUAUUUGGUUUGAUAUUUUUAUGUAUAAUAUUUAUUACCAUGUUUACAUUCUUGAUAAUAAAACUUUAAUAUUGG